GCGCUGAUGCGCGAGGCUCGGCGGGCGCUGCAGAGUGUCUGGCCGCGGCUGCGGUCGUUUUUAUACCUUCCCGCGCGGACGCCGGCGCUGCCAACGGAAGGGCGGGAGGGGCGGCGCGUGAUUAGGUUAGCGAAGGCUCUGCUGCCAUGAAGGUGAAGAUUAAGUGCUGGAACGGUGUGGCCACUUGGCUCUGGGUGGCCAAUGAUGAGAACUGUGGCAUCUGCAGGAUGGCGUUUAAUGGCUGCUGUCCGGACUGUAAGGUGCCCGGCGAUGACUGCCCUCUGGUGUGGGGCCAGUGCUCCCACUGUUUCCACAUGCACUGCAUCCUCAAGUGGCUGCAUGCACAACAGGUGCAGCAGCACUGCCCCAUGUGCCGCCAGGAGUGGAAGUUCAAGGAGUGAGAGUCCUGCCGCCAGCACUGCGCCUGGACUCAGCCCCCACCCUCACCUCGAGAGGACAUCCUGAGACCCACUCAUGGUGGGACUGGGUGGCCACAGUCUCCACUGGAGAUGGUUCCCUGGGCUGUGACAGGGUUGAGAUGAGGACUGGAGCUGCAUUAGUUUUUUCAUCAUAAUGCUGACACUUUUAUCCAAUAAGUAAAACUCAUUAAACUACCUGAACCUUG